AGUGGAUUGAGUUUUGGAGCUGGAGGUCAGUUCACACCAUUGGAGCUGGGCGGGGGCGGGAGUGGGGAUGGGGAUGCAUGAGGAUAUGCGAAGUCUGGGGCUCUCUUCAUGGGCGUUAUGUUUUUCAUUUGUUUAUGCUGUACGAUAUGGCGUUUAUGUUUCUUUAUUUUUUUCUCUGUCUGGUCGUUGUUUACAGGUUACCUUUUAGAAAGCAUAUCUGUACAUGUAUAGUAUGGACCAGAGAGUGGCUGAGGGUUCGAGGAUUCAAAAGUGGCCGGGGAGCAGAAGCUGAAGUCGUGAUGAUUAUAGAUAUGGUAUAGAACCUGACCUCUCUCCUCGUCGAAAUUCGAUCAACCUAGUCUCACGCCG